AUAUAUAGGUCCCGCGUUUCGCUCUUCGGUAUACUAUGUAUGUCAUUAUAAUCGAUAUUCUUGUUUGUAAAUAAAUAAGUCAGUAUAGCUAUUUAUCAAUGUUAAACUUAAAUUAUAAGAAAAUAAUUUUAGCGUAAUGUAGAAUGAAAUUUGAAUUUCGCAUGCGAAACGACUGUUAUAUGCGCGGCGGUUUCGGUCGAUAACACUGGAUCGCGUUGGCCGAUGACUUGCUUCCAUACCAUACCAUAUACACGUAUACUAUAGACCGCUUAGCUGCACCUAUAUCCAGUAUCCGCAGAAGCAAGUGUCAAGCGGUGACUAAACAACUUAGUAAAUUUAAUAAGAACUUUAAUUGUUCAAGCCAAAAUGAGUUUUGGAUUCGCAGUUUUAAAGGCAGGACCUAUGGGUCUCGAUGAAUCCAGUUCCAGCACUGGACAGUAUGGAAUUCAAAGCCCCAUGGUUGCUGGGUUGGGAGCCACUAGGAAACACAUAGGUGUCUCUCAUCCGCUGGAGGCAUCGGAAUUGAAUUACCACAAAAACAAUGAGCGCAUGGAAAUGAUCAUGCUGCGCAACACACAGGGACUGCAUGCCCCUAUGCGUUUAGCGAUGGAAAUCAAGGCAGCUGAGAAGAUUGGCAGGUUACCUUUCUUGCCCUCUUCAAACAUCAUGAGGGAUGUCAUCCUUGGACGUGACGAUGACAUUGGAUUUGAAGAUAUAUUGAACACAGCAGAAUUCAGAGAACAAAUGGGACAACCUCAUGCUGUUGUAGAGAAGAGUUUGGGCAUCCUCUAAGGUUAUUUUUAAAUAAUAAUUCUAAUAAUUAUUUAAAGCAAACAGUUUGUUUUGUACUUAUAAGGUCUUUUAAUAAAUCUCUUGCGUAUAAAAUUUA